AUCAGUGUAAAUCUCUCCGCGGGCGGAUGAACCGUGAGUCAAGCACUCUACAGGAUUAUGGGAUCCUUGAUAAUUCUUCUUCUUCUCGGUUGCAUCGAUCUCGAUCUUGCAGUGCACGCUUCGUUAAACGACAACUUGGACGAGAAAUUCAAACAAACGAAAAUUGAAAUAGCCAAGCUUCACUUUCAAUACAAACCGCCAGUUCAGAAAAAAUUGUACAACGUACAAUGGAACAAUCUGUGGCAAGAGACCGUGGACAGCGGACGACCGUUCGUAGGGGACGCCUUCAACAGACUGUUCUUCAUCAAAAGGAAUCGUGUCGCGGUGUUCACCAUCGAUUCGCCUCUCUCUAAUCAGACUUCAUUAGCGGAAAUUACUUUAACCCACAGCGAUGGUUCCAUUCAAUUUAUCAGAACCACCGUGUGGAAAACCAUGCUGUAUCUAUUGGUAUGCUACGAGACGGGAUCGUGUAGUUUGUACACGGUCACGGAGGAUUUGCAAUUGAGACAUCGGCAGACCAUUCACCACAAUGGACACCCUAUGGACGCCAGCUUCUUCGUCCGUGAUAAUCGACUCUACCUCGUGGUAGCCGAUAAUUUCGACCGGUUGGCUGUACCAUCAAUAAUAUACCAUUGGCGAGGUACGUACAUGGAUGCGGUAGCGAAAGUGAUGACCACCGCGGCCGUUUCCGUCGCCACGUUUAAACACAAACAGUCGACCAUCGUGGUAUUCGCACAGAACGAUAAACGCACGCCUGAUAUUGGCUCGGUGGUAUACGAAUUCACGGAGACCAGCUCGGAUCAAAUACAGUAUCUUUCGACCAUCGGUCCUGUCUCGGUUCAUUCCUACAACUACGCCGGUUCCAGUUUCAUUUUCUUGACGAAUCAACACGGGCCGAGCAACCUGUUCUGGUGGGACGGUCAAGAAUUAUUGAACUGGAAGCAGAUUCCGGAAAUUGAAGCACCCAGCUCGAUCCACGCGGUGAGCGUGAACGAUGAGAUCUUCUUCUUCGUGGGCAGCAAGAAUCUUCUGCGACUGUACAAGUUCGAGAACGCGUCCAACUGCACCCUGUUGAGCUCGACGAAGCUACCGGACGGAGAAACGGUGAUCGAUGCACAAGCACGGGUAGAAAGAUCGACAGUGAUCGUGAUACUGAUCACUGUGAAUCUGAACAAUGUUUACAACGUGGGAUUCUGGGAGUUGGAUAUCAAAGAAAUUCCAACCGAACACUCGAUCGAGGAGCCGGACAUCCUGUCCAAACACUUGUCGGAGCUAGUCGACAUAUUGCUGCGAAGAAAACCGCUCGUGGAAAAGGCCAAGUCUUCGUGGUCAUCUUUGUUGCCAGCGAAUGAAAACUUAACGGUGUCGAACCCUUUAAUAAUCCCGAAUAUCACGCUGGAAUCAGGGACCGUGAGGAACAUCGACGUAUUCGUCUCGGAGGACGUCGUUGCACCGCGAAACCUCGAAGAAAACUUGCAUAUGUUGAUUCGCGAGAUCGACGUCACCGUGGAGGCUUCCAAGAAUCUGUUAGCAUCAGGCGCACAGAAUUCAUUCACCGGGGACAUCGUGGUCGAAGGCGAUGCUUUUGUUGGAAAACUGGAAAUCGAUAACUUACAGGUGGAUUUCCUAAACAACAAUGACAUUCGGUCGAACGACAUCGAGUCGAACGUGACCGAUGAGUCGUUGGUACCAUUGCGUGGUAAUGACAUUAUCAUAGAAAACCUCGAAAUCGAAUCCCUAUGCGGAAUUCCAUUCCCAUAUUGGUCAUUAAAUAACGACACGUCCAAAACGGAGAUAAAUCUGAACGCGUAUGAGAUUGAAUUUUCGAACGACACCGUGCUGCUGCGUUCGAAUGUCUCCUUGACGAGAUUGAAUACGAGAUCGUUAAACUACAUCGAUAUCGAUCGGUUUCUCGACGAAUUGUUUGUACUGGAGAAAAAUCAGCGGAUCAGAGGGAACGUCACAUAUAGCGAUACCUUGCAAAUCACGAAUCUCAGGACGGGACGGUUGAACGGGGAAUCGAUAGAACGUUAUAUGACUGAAGAAACCAAUCAGACGUUCGACAAGUUCGUUGUAAAAUCACUCCAAGUAGAGAAUCUGCACGUGGAGUCGAUCAAUGGCGUUCCGGUGUCGGAGGCUGCCCGGAUAUCUCGUGCGAAUGCGAUCAAGGGAAAGGUGAAGAUCGCGAGGGCGCACGUGACGGACGAAUUAAUCGCGGACGCUGACUUGAAGUUGCCGGAGAGCCAGCCGGUUCAAGUUUAUUUCAACGUUGUCGUUACGGGCGACUUGAGAAUCAAAGCACUCGACAUCGAUGAUCCCGAGAACGUGCUGUUGAACGGCAACGAAGUACGUUUAAACGAUAUCCUCGAGAACACUUGGACAAGGUCUACCGAUCAGACGAUCAGGAACGAUGUGACGUUCGAGAAUAAUCUGACCAUCGAUCGUCUACUCGCGAAGCACCUGAACGGAUACGCCGAGGAGGAAUUCUUGUACACUACCGCGACGUCGAUUCCAGAGGCAUUUGGGAAUUUGCGAUUCGAGAAUAUAGAAGUCGAUGAUAUGUCCCCCGAGGAAACAUCGCAUGACGCUUUCUUCGACGAUGCUCCGGAAUCGUUGACGAUCCGCGAAAGACUACACCUGAAACACCUUCAAGGAAAUCGAUUGUUCUUUGAACGUUUCAACGGUCUCCCGGUGGCCGAUGUAUUGAACGGAACUGAACGGAUCAAUGUUACCGGAAAGAUGGAUUUCACUGCGAUUCGAGCGAGGCAGAUAAACGUGGAUGCACUUAAUUUUCGAUUUAUCAACGACGAAGAUGGUGUCAUGUUCUUGAAAGCCGCAGGGACCGACGAGAAUAAUCGCACGAAAGAUUCUUUGAAGACUCGAGAGUUUCGCGUUGAAAAUCUGAUCGUCGAGAGGAUCAAUGGAAUUGAAAUGAAAAAACUUCGAUCGUUGCAGAAUACGAAAAGGUCAGACUUGAAGGAUUUGGUGAUCGAUGGAGAUCUGAAGGUGAUAGGUGACUUAACGGUUGAAUCGAUUGAUGGUAAAUCGCCAGAUAUCUAUCUGGAGAACAUGGCCAAAGGUGACAUCGUGCUGGACUCGGCAAUGACGAUCGACGACCUGAUCGUGGAGAAUGCAACCCUAGAGUUCAUAAACGGUCGUGACGCGAAUACGCUGUUCGAGAAUGUAUUCUCGAAAUCGAAAGAGCAGAACGUAUCAGGUCGCUUCGCUUUCUACAAAAUGUCCACUGGAAACAUUGUCACCGGAUUCAUCAAUGAUCGCAACACGUCUGACUUAAUAUGGACCGAUCAGCCGUUGUACAUCACGGGGAACGUCACGUUCUCUGAUUUAUUAGUCGACAAUGUUUCAACGAGGACUGUGAACGGCCAGGAAGUUAACGAGUUAUACGAAAACUUACUCACAGUACCAGCAACGAGAAUCAAGGACCUGAUCGUAGAUGGAAAUAUUUCCUGGAGCACACCUUCGAUGAAUUGGACCUCAUUGACGUUCCUGUUCGAAAACGCGGUAACCAAAGCUGGAAGGCAAUCUAUACACGGCGAUGUGGUUUUUGGAAAAGGUGUAUCGAUGUCAGCUCUAGAGGCGAAAUCGAAAGAAGUCGACGAGAUACGUGGUAUCUUAAACGAUGCGGUGCUGAAUUGUGAUGACGUUGUUGAAAUAACAGGAAGGAAAGUUUUCAAAAGGAACUUAAAGAUCAACACCUUGAUCGUGACCGGUAAUAUAGAGAUUCCAACGAUGAACGAUGUCGAUAUCGUUCAAUUUAAUAUCUCCGUGGUCCGAAAAGACCAGGACGAGAUGGUAACCGGUCCUCUGACGUUCUACGAAGAAGCGGCGAUGAACGAAGUACUGGUGAACGAUACGGUUCACGAGAUACCGUUGCAUGAAUUGGUUCGGGCAACCGAUAUGUUACCGCCUAAUAUAUUCUUCCAACAUCUGGUCGUUCUGCAAAACGUGUCCUUGAAGAAUUUGGACGGAAUAAACUUCAACGAAUUCUUGAGAGACCGAGUAACUAUUGACGGGGAUCAUGAUAUAGCUUCUAAUGUUCAGUUCAACGGGAUCAUCGAAGUGGAAGAAAACGCAGCGGUCACGCGAAUCAACGGGAUAGAUCCUUCGGAUUUGGUUCUCAAUGGAACGACGGAAACGCAGCUUAUAUCCGGCUCGAAGACCUUCGAGGAGGAUAUUGUCGUGAACGGCAACAUUCACGCGUCGUUGACAAAUGGUGUUGACCUCUCCUCGGAGUAUCGGAAUGGUGUACAAAACGACGACGACGUGGAAAUUAUCGGCGACUUGAUCUUCGAGUCGGGAAUCAAGGUGCCGGAUAACGUGACCGUGUCGGGGCUGGUGAACGGGGUGAAUUUACACAUGAUUCUCGAUGACCUGACCAACGAGACGCAUGAAAUUCUGCGGGAGUUUAAACGCAACGAGAACGAAAUAGAUGACAGCAUUAGACAGUCUUCACAGAUCUCUGAAACCCUGAGAAAUGUGUUCUUUUAUUUAGAGGCAGAGAAAGGGUUAAAGAUCCAGGUGCCCAAUAUCAAGCGAAUGGAGGUUGUCUAUUACGAGGAAAUAACGAAAUUGAAUAUGUUCGGAGAAGAGCCUGGUCCUCUUUGCGGACUUCUUAGCAAUUGUUCGUGUCCGACCGAAUACGUGGCCGAACUGUUUAAUCACGACUGUCGUGUAUGGAGAACAAACGACUCUACGAUAGUGUGGAACCAUCACGGGCUGCACAGUGAUGUUGGGGUGAACGUAAUGACGAACACGGUUUCCAGUAGUUCUGAAUGUACCUUGAGUAACAGCGAGAAUGAGUUCACCACGAUUUCGUGGACGAAACCUGGAACGUUAGAAACGGGUGACGUUGUGGCUGAGGUGAAGAAAACGUCUUCCCCGAUCCGAGGAUUCGUCAAGGAUACGGGUGUCUUUAUGACCCAUGACAACACAGCAUUCGUAGUGUUGGCAAUAUACUACGAUAAAUACCGCGCCUCGCAUCGAACGUAUUCUAUGAUGUAUAAGAUCGAUUUCGAGAAGAACGUCUUGUCGUUACAUCAGGAACUUUCCACCGAUGGUGCGUGGGACAUUGAAAUCUUCAAGACAAAUCAUCGCAACGUGUAUCUGCUUCUGGGUUGCUUCGGAGAUUCUGAAAAAUCGUUCUUGUACAGAUUCGAUGAAAAUACAUCUAAGUUCGUAACCUUGAGAACAUUUGGAGGGAAGACACGCCAUGUGAAAAGACUUCAUCAUGAAACGGAUCACUUCGUUUUGUUAGACGAUUACGAUACGAACGCGGUGAACAUCUACAACUACGAUCCAGACUUCGAUAAUUUUUUCGACUAUCAAAGUCUGUUUUAUGAUUCGAGGGUAGAUGGAAUCGAAUGUUUCUACGCAGAUGAGUCUGGUAAAAGCGAUUCAUUUGUCGUGGUUACGACAGAAAACGAUCAAUUUUACAUUUACGAAUACAUGUACGCCCAGAAGUUCAAAAUGAGGAUGCACCAUCGAAUGGAUGAUCUACAAGCGAUGGUACCGUUCUAUUCCGCAGGAAAUGGUUACAUCUUUACGGGUACAAGCACAAAUAGCACGAUACUACGAAUCGUGGAACAGGGGCCGCAUUAAAAUGUUUCUGAUAAUCUUAACUCGUAUUAUUUAUCUAUGAUUGCUAAUUCAUAAUAUUUAUUUAUAUUUUUCAAUUGGUAUAUACCUACAUUAUGCGUGUAAUGUAAACGUACAGGCGGGCGGAAACAUGCUCUAUUUUGUCAAUACAUUUACAGUAUUCGAGUUCUGAAUAAUUUUAUUUAUCAAGAAAAUAAUUCAACCGUGCAAUUUGGACGGUUCUAUUUCAAAGCAGGGUUCAUAUCAACUGAAUUGCGCCAGCGCGAUUCCAAC